AUGGGGCCUGCAGGGAGUCUGCUGAGUGACAGCGGGGAGCUGCACAUCAUUCUGUGGGGAAGUUUGGCAGCUGUGGCCACUUUUCUCCUCAUCACCUUCCUCAUCUUUCUGUGCUCCAGCUGUGACAGAGAGAAGAAGCCAAGGCCUCACAGUGGAGACCAUGAGAAUCUGAUGAACGUGACAUCAGACAAGGAGAUGUUCAGCCGUUCCAUCACUAGCCUGGCAACUGAUGCUCCUGCCAGCAGUGACCAGAAUGGAGCACUCCUCAAUGGUGACAUUCUUUCAGAAGACAGUACUAUGACAUGUAUGCAGCAUUAUGAGGAAGUACAGACCUCAGCUUCUGAUCUGCUGGACUCUCAGGACAGCACAGGGAGGCCUUCAAAAUGUCAUCAGAGUCGGGAGUUGCCCAGAAUUCCUCCUAACAGCACAGUGGACACGAUGCUCAAUACAAGAAAUGUGGAUGGGGACCAGGGUCUGGGAAUGGAAGGCCCAUAUGAAGUGCUCAAGGAUAGUUCCUCCCAAGAAAAUAUGGUAGAGGACUGCUUGUAUGAAACAGUGAAAGAAAUUAAGGAGGCAACUACACACCCAGAUAAAGGCCACAAUGGCAAGUCCAAGUCUACUUCCACCUUGAAGGAGCUUCCAGAGCCCCAGACCCAGGGCAAAGCAGACUUUGCUGAAUAUGCCUCAGUGGACAGAAACAAAAAGUGCCGACAGAGUGUUAAUGCAGAGAUUGUUCUUGGAAGUUCACUUGAUGCAGAAGAGGAGGCCCCUCCUCCUGUCCCUGUUAAACUUCUAGAUGAGAAUGAAAACCUUCAGGAGCAGGAAGAAAGACUGGCAGAAGAAGAAGGUGCCACCGAGGGAACCACAGAAACCAACAAGAGAUUUAGUUCACUGUCAUACAAGUCCCGGGAAGAAGACCCAACUCUUACAGAGGAAGAGAUUUCAGCCAUGUACUCAUCAGUGAAUAAAACCGGACAGUCAGCAAAUAAAUCAGGACAGUCGCUUAAAGUGCCAGAAUCCACCUAUACUUGCAUGCAAGAUGGAACCCCUCAGAGAUCCCCAUCUUCCUGUAACGAUCUCUAUGCUACUGUAAAAGACUUUGAGAAAACUCAAAACAACGUCAGCACACCUCCACCAGCAGAGAGACCCAGCGAGCAGCCAGAGCCGGAUUAUGAAGCGAUACAGACUCUAAACAGAGAGGAAGAAAAGGCCACCCAGGAGACCAGUGGUCCACAUGGUCUUUUCCCAAAGGAGAAUGACUACGAGAGCAUUGGGGACUUGCAGCAGUGCAGAGAUAUCACUAGACUCUAG